UUCCAAGUACAAGUACUUGUUCGAUUUAUUGUGAACAAUAAUCUGAAGCUUUUAGCUGUCGAUGAGUUUGGUUUUGUUUUCUCUUUAAUCUUUGUGGUUUGUGUACCACGCUAGGGUUUACUUCGACCUUUUUUUUUCCAACCUUGUGUUGUUUCUUAUGUAUUAUUUGUUAGUUUCAUGAUAAACACACAUACUUUACGAUUUAACAUUCCUUGUUUGUAUUUUCAAUGUUUUUAGGUUUUUCGUGUCUGGUUUGGGGCUUCUCUCGCUUUGACAGCUAAAUCAUGGAUAUGAUAAGUCAAUUGCCUGAAGAUCUCCUCUUGAGAAUACUGUCAGAACUGCCUACUGCUAAUGAUGUUGUGGCCACAAUGGUUUUGUCAAAACGUUGGCAGCCUCUUUGGAAGUCAGUGCCAAAACUUGUGUUCGACGACGACGACGACGAUAGCUAUCAAAAUAUCGAUACUAGAAGGUUUUCGCGCUUUGUUGACUAUUUUUUGAUUCUGCACGAGGCACCGAUAGAUACUUUGCAUUUCGAACUUACUCAAACUUUUGAUGUCCUUGAUAUUGUAUUAUGGAUUACAAUUGCUGUUCAACGCCGUGUGCGUUACCUGAAAAUCAAUAUCGACUGUGCUUCCAGUACAACUCCUGUUAUACUCCCAAGGAGUUUAUACAAAUGCUGUGGAAUGCUUGUGACUUUGAAUUUAACGAGUGUGACUCUUACGGAUGCUUCUACCUUGCCUUCUUUCUCAACCCUCAAAACUUUGAGGCUUUUAUCUGUGAAGUACCCCGGUGAUGAGUUUGUCAGGAGGCUUUUAUCCAGUUGUCAUGUUCUUGAAGAUUUGGAAGUGGAACAAUGUAACGAUGACAAUGUUACGAUUUUCACAGUUAAGGUUCCUUCCCUCAGGACUGCAUCUUUGUAUAAAGCAUCAGACAGAUGUACAGAAGAUGAAGAUGGAUUUGUGAUAGAUGCUCCUUCUUUGGGGCUAUUGAAACUUUAUGAUUAUAGUGGCAGUUUUUGUAUCGUUGAGAAAGAUAUGCCUAAUAUUAUAGACGCAGAUGUUUUCGUUAAUCAUUACCCUUCUACGGAAAUUCUGAGUUCUAUUACUUCAGUGAAGCGUCUCGAUUUAUGCUUAUCAUACUCAAAGGAUGCAUAUUCUGAUGGCAGUGUCUUCCACCGUCUUGUGCAUUUAAAGAUAUGCACAUGUGCGACAGAAUGGUUGAAUCUACUUAUGUGUGUACUCAGAGAUUCCCCUAAGUUAAGGGCCAUCAAACUCCGACAGUGUCAUGACAUACGUGAUGAUCAACCUCGCCCCUGCUGGAAUGAACCGAAAUCAGUUCCUGAAUGUUUGAUAUCGAGUCUUGAAACUCUUAAAUGGGUAAACUAUCAAGGAACAGAAGAAGAAAAAGAAGUAGCAGCAUUCAUAUUAAGGAAUGGAAGAUGUUUGAAGAAGGUGGCUAUCUCCUCGGAAGCCACUGACUCCGACAAGAAACUUGAGAUGCUCAAGGAGUUAUCUUUGUUCUCUAGGCGUUCACCCAACUGCCAUCUAGCAUUCGACUGAAGCUUUACAUCUUGUUGGUUCGUUUUGAUCUGAAAUCUCAUCCGAUAUGGUUAUUACAAUUUUUGCUGUUUUUCUUUUCCCUUUCUUUUCCUAAUUAAUUGAGGGUUAUGAAUUUCUUAUGUUUCCUCUUUAUUCUCUGCCUAGAAGAAAAAUACAUAAGAGCAUCAUCAUCCCUAGUCGUCAAGAAGAAUAUCUGCGUACGUUUUUUUUGUGUGGCAAUGACUGUCGGGUCCAAAGAUGUUAUUUAGCAAUUUAAACAUACACUAGACGUUGACUCGCUCGACCCCUGAUGUUUGUAAGAAUUUUAAAAUUUAAAUUUCUGGUCAGAAUAUUUUGAAAUGAAAAAGAUCAAACCAAGGCUAAAAUGAAGAUGUAUGUUUUUUGGUUGUCAAACAUAAACAAAAUCUGAUAAAACGCUUGGAAGUUAACAUAAUUUUGCCCAAUUUUAAAGGGCUAACAUAUUUUUCUAAGAACGUAAAUAUUUAGUCACAAAUUGUAACUGCAAGAAUAUAUAAUUUUACUGUUCUUUGCUGUUACACGAGGCUCCAGUUUUAGAAUGUUUGCGUUUAAAACUUGAUCGGGAGUCUGGUACUGCUGUAGAUAUUGGGGUAUGGGUUAGAACGCAGCUGUUAAACGCUCUGUGCAUGAGUUAGAUAUCGACAUUAAUAGCCCUUGCAUUUUGACUCCGGUCAUUACUUCCAUGGAGCUGGUAUGCCGGAGGAUGUAGGAUGCUUGUGACGUUGAAACUAAGUAACAUGACUCUUGUCUUCCUUGCCAGCUUCUUUCCCAUUUUUUAAAAACAUGAGCCUUGUAAAGAUGAAGUACCCGAGUGAGGAAUUUAUCAACAAGCUUUUAGCUAAUUGUCCUGUUCUUGAGGACUUGGCAACAUGUUUUCUCAAGAAAGUAAAAUUUUGUCAUUAGUGUUUUUUUCAUAUAUCUCCUCUUAGAAAAAUCUAAGAAAGUAAAAUUUUGUUAUGUGUUUUCUUCAACGAUUUUCCUAGUUUUAACAAUAAAGUAUAUAAUUAUUAUAUAAAUUGUACUAUUUAUAAUUAUAUCAAGGUAAUAAAUAUAUGUUUUAACACAAUAAAAUAAGUCACCAAGACACCAACAGAUGUUUUGCAGGAAAAAUAGAUUUUUCUAUUUUCUUAUUGUAGAAAGAAUCAAGUAACUAAUAUAAAUAUUUUACCUUAGUAAUUAUACUAUGUAAAUGAUAAUUAAUAUACCAAAAUAUACUUUACUAUUACACAUGUUAGGGCCGAUUGAAUAAUAAAAUAUCUAUAUAUAUCACCAAUACUGUAUAUGUAAAAAUAUUUAACUGAAACACUAUAGAAUAUGUAAAUUUUGGAUUCAAAAGUUGAUAAUAAAAUAGAAAAUGUUCAAUAAAUGUGAAUAAAAUAAAAGGAAGAAAACCACAGCAUUUUAAAGUCACACACUCUUGAUUACAAUCACCCACGAAAACUAUAUAUAACCUUCCUUCCUCUCCGUCUACAUCGCAUUGCAAGGUUGUAACACUUUCGGUUUUUAUCAGUAUGGAGAAUCAAAACCAUCAAAUUACACAGAUACAAACCCAUGUAAUCCCUAUAUAUUAAUUGAUGAUAUUUUAAAAAAUUAUAACCUAAAUUUUGUAAAAAUUAAAAAAACCCUAUCCUAUGUGGCACUUGUGUAUGCUUUCUAAAUCAUAUUUCAAAGAAUUCUAGAGCAUAUUAUAUAAAUUAUAGUCUAAAAAUUAUACUCUCUAGCAAAAUAAUAUUUCGCAGGCUAUAGUUAGUCGCAUAUAUCAAAUCUUUAUUGUUUCGCAUGUUUUCCUUAAAUAAAACCUACUGAAUUACCUAAUGUGAUUAAAAUAUAUAUAUUUAGUAAUUAAUGAUUUUAAACAACAAAGAUUUGAUAACAAUUUGUAUACUUUUUAUCAUUUUUGUUUAUUUUUUUAUUAUAAAAAUAAAUUACAUAAUUAUAUUAAUCAUAUAAUAAAAAUCUAGAUUUUGUUUUGUUUAAGUAGUAUUUUAAAUUUUUCAAAACGAGUAUAAAUUACUAAAAUUGUUAAAAGUCUCACAUAAACUUUUAUGAUCAUGGUUUAAAUUAUUUCUAUAUUAAGAUACAAUGGUUAUAAGACCAUAUGAAGAAAUAAUUUUAUUUUAAUAGGUUUUUUUGUUAAUAUAUAUAUAAAUUUCAUAUCGUUUAAAUUAAACUAUAUAUCAUAUGAAAAUGUAUACUUAUAUUUUGAUAUUUGCAUUGAACAUAUAUUGAAAAGCUAAUAUUUUAAUUUUGAAAUCUUCAUUUUUUUUAAAUGAUUAUAAAUUAUUGACAUUAUUAUCCCACAUUAAAACAAAUCGUUGGUGUAAACUUUUGUUACACAAAUAUACAAAUAAUUAUAAAAUUAUAUGAGUAGAAACUUCAUUUAAUAAAUAUCCAUAUUAAAGUGUACUAUAUAUAUGUUAAUAUUAUUUAAAUUUAAUUAUAUAUCAUAUACG